AUGCCCGAUAAUGGGUCAAUGAAUCUCCACUACAACGCAGCGGUGGACGAGAAACAAUCGAAAAAAAUCAUUGCCACAGCAAGGCUCAGCGUGCGCGGGACGCGGCUUCAGCGCUUCCUUCCGGCAACCUUGCUCGACGCGCGCGCAGCGUCAGUCCGCGUUCAGCCGCCGACGCGUCCGCACGCGCCGCCGCGAGUGUCGUGCAUGUGCAUUGUGACGUCCGAGCAGUGCGCAGUGGAGAACCGGGCGGGCGCCGCUGGGCCAGCCAUAGGCCCGGGCGGUAUGGAGUCCCCGCAGAUGUACGACGCGGCCGCGGCGCCGCCGCCGCCGCCGCAGCCGGACCUCAAGAAGGCCGCCGAGGACAAGAGGGCGCCCUUCCCGCCGCCCGACCUGGACGAGCUCAACGGCCAGGAGAUCAGCCUCGACCUGCAGCACCUCAUCGAGGACCAGUUCCGGGGCGAGGAGACGAUGGCCCUGUUCCAGGAGAUCAUGCCUGGUGGCCGAUCGCCUCAAGCGAGGCCCUUCGCGAGGACCACCCUCGCUUACAUGCCGCAACCGGUACACUCGGGCGCGUCCUACGCGGCGCCGGUGCAGUCGAACGCGCACGAGCAGGCGCCCCCCAUCAAGGAGGAGCCGCCGGAGCCGCACGACUUCAGGAGAUCGGUGACCUGCGCUCAGUACACGGGACAGUACAACCCCCAGCCGCCGGUGGGCGUGAGCGGGCCGUACGGGGGAGGUUUCACCCCCUUGCCGCCCCUCGGGGCACCGCUGCUGCCGCCGCUGCUGAAACACAAGCCCGCCCCGCCGAGGCGCUCUUCAGGGAAGGUGAUCGACAAAGGCACCGACGAGUACAGGAGGCGACGCGAGCGAAACAACAUAGCGGUGAGGAAGUCACGCGAGAAGGCGAAGGUGCGCUCCAGGGAGGUGGAGGAGAAGGUGAAGACGCUGCUGCGGGAGAAGGAGGCCCUCCUGAAGAGGCUGGAGGCGGUCUCGGGCGAGUUGAGCCUCCACAAGCAGAUGUACGUGCACCUAAUCAACCUGAACCACCCGGAAAUCACGGAGCUGUGCCGCUCGAUGCUACAGCUGGGCGCCCCGCACGCGCCCGACCACUCUCUC